AUGCUAGUCGGCUUAAUAGAAGGUACGAAGGUAAACUGGGCGAAGGAAAUAUUCAACAACUUGAAAGAUAUGGUGAAACCAGAUUCUGCCCGGUCAUGGGGAUACGCCAUCCCCCUUGGAAAAAUAUUGCUCCAUCAUAACAUCAACACCGGUCCUGGUGUCACUAUCCGAUCAGGACGGUUAAUAAGAUCCAAACACUUCCUGGAGAGGAAGCAGCCGGCACCCGGCUCCACAGAGGAGGAAGAGUCGGCCUCCACAUCUGAACGAACCGAAUCUGAGAAAACCGAUGAUGAAAGACCGAACGAUGAAGAGCUUUCGGGUCCAAGUCCCGAUAAUACCGGUACGGGCGCAAAUCCUGAAAACGACGAGGCCGAUGAAGAAGGCAGUGAAGAGGAGGAGGAGGACGACCAGACGAAGGCCGAUAUUAUAGCGCGCCGAAUCCUGGAGGUCAUUGCACUGCGAGGUGAAAAGGUUGGCGAUAUAUACCGGGAAUGGCACGAGUACCGGUUCAGCAAACUUUUUAAACACAUUUUACCGGGCUUCACCGACGAAGAAUGCUUCAAAAGAAUGAAGGAGAUAGAGGACGCAGUCAUGAGCCUCACAAACGCGGAAACCAUUCACGAAGCUUUGGACCGAACCGCCAUCAUAAGACCGCGAGCCCGGCUACAGAAGCUAACCGUACGGAUCCGGAAGAUUAAGGAACGGUACGAAGAGGGAACACCGAAGGAUAACUUAACGCCCUUGGUGUUAGAAAGACUUGAGAAAGCGAGAGGAGAACUCGAUGAAGAAAUAGAGCGGCUGGAGGUGAUGUGCAGACAACGCGAAAUACCGCACUCUCCAGCUUCUCAGAUAGAUAAGGGUCAAACUCAUAGUGCAACACCGUUUCGGGCGGAUCCAGUAACAAACGAAACCGAUGAAAGGACGGAGACUCCUAUCACCGCGCAACUUCAACAUGAAGAACCGGGAGUCGCCGAACCGGGCAUUACAGAAGAAAGAGUUAAGUUCCUCCUUCAAGAGUUUGCAGACUCAGCGAUUCACCCACUAGAGGAGAAGAUGAAGAGAACCGUAAGCCUGGCACUCCGGUUCGCCAACAAUACAAGGCAUACUCUGUUAAGGACAGAUGACCGGAUCUCACAAGUCGAAGCUGACUACCGGGAAGAAGCGGUUUUGCGCAGCAACCAUCUUCACCGAACUGAGACCUUGGAAGAAGACACCUCAGGACUAAAGGAUGACUUCGAUCGGCUUGAAAGAGAGACCGAACAAAGAUUAAAAGAGGUCACUGAGGAUCUAGUCGGCUCAACACUUGAUAGGGUCUCGGAACUGGAAAAGAAGAAUGCGGGUCUUGAAGACCGCAACGACAAACUCGAGGCCGACCUCAAGGCGCUUACCGCACAAGUUGAUGAAUUAAUCAAAGCUAAGAUGAAUGUGGAUGCUGCGGUUGUGGAAGCGAAUGCCCGAGCGGCUCAGGAAGUCCAGGAUGCGAUGGACGAAGAAGCAAGGUUAGCAAAGGAGCCACCGCAACUAACUGAGGAAGAAAGAGCCGAGCGCGAACGAAGAACAAGGGCUAAAUAUCUGGGACUUGAAGAAUCUCAAAAGGAGGCCCCUUCAUCUUCGGUUCCGGCAAAACGGAAACGGAAAUCAUCAAAGAAGGCUCAAGUGGCCGAGCUGCUGAAUGAGGUCACUAACACGGUUAUUGAAAGUCAACCAGAUCAGGCUACUCACACAGAAGAAGAAGAAGAUGAAGAGCACCUAGAGCGGCGGCCCACAAGACAACGAGUCUCCGAAUCAGCAAGUCAACCGCAACCGGUUAAGAGAAAACGGAACAAGGAUUUGAUGGCCAGCUACGACUUCUCCGACUCGGAAUAG